AAACUUCCGGGGCGCGGGGGAGGCGGCCAGCGCGCGUGGGGCCCCCCUCCGGCGCUUGGGGCCCGACGCCUCCGGAGGGCGCCCGCGGAGCCUCCCGGGCCCUCGGCGGAGGGCGAGUCCAGGGGCCGUGAGAGGAGCCGGGACGCCGGCAACGCGAAUACAGUCAUGGCCACCCAGGUAAUGGGGCAGUCUUCUGGAGGAGGAGGGCUGUUCACCAGCAGUGGCAACAUUGGCAUGGCUUUGCCUAACGACAUGUAUGACUUGCAUGACCUCUCCAAAGCUGAACUGGCUGCGCCUCAGCUUAUCAUGUUGGCAAAUGUGGCCUUAACUGGGGAAGUAAAUGGCAGCUGCUGUGAUUACCUGGUUGGUGAAGAAAGACAGAUGGCAGAAUUGAUGCCUGUUGGAGAUAACAAUUUUUCAGAUAGUGAUGGAGAAGGACUUGAGGAGUCUGCUGAAAUAAAAGGUGAACCCAGUGGACUGGAAAACAUGGAACUGGAAAGUUUGGAACUGAGUGUUGUAGAACCACAGCCUGUGUUUGAGGUAUCAGCUGCCCCAGAAAUUUAUAGCUCAAAUAAAGAUCUUCCUCCUGAAACAUCAGGAGCAGAGGACAAAUGCAAGAACUUGAAGAGCAAACCCUUUCGCUGUAAACCAUGCCAGUAUGAAGCAGAAUCUGAAGAACAGUUUGUGCAUCACAUCAGAGUUCAUAGUGCCAAGAAAUUUUUUGUGGAAGAAAGUGCAGAGAAGCAAGCAAAAGCCAGAGAAUCUGGGUCUUCUACCACAGAAGAGGGAGAUUUCUCCAAGGGCCCCAUUCGCUGUGACCGCUGUGGCUACAAUACCAAUCGAUAUGAUCACUAUACUGCUCACCUGAAACACCACACCAGAGCUGGGGAUAAUGAGCGAGUUUACAAGUGCAUCAUUUGCACAUACACCACAGUAAGCGAAUAUCACUGGAGGAAACACUUGAGAAACCAUUUUCCAAGGAAAGUAUACACAUGUGGAAAAUGCAACUAUUUUUCAGACAGAAAAAAUAAUUAUGUUCAACAUGUUCGAACUCAUACAGGAGAACGCCCAUAUAAAUGUGAACUUUGUCCUUACUCAAGUUCUCAGAAGACUCAUCUAACUAGACAUAUGCGUACUCAUUCAGGUGAGAAGCCAUUUAAAUGUGAUCAGUGCAGUUAUGUGGCCUCUAAUCAACAUGAAGUAACCCGCCAUGCAAGACAGGUUCAUAAUGGGCCUAAACCUCUUAACUGUCCACAUUGUGACUACAAAACAGCAGAUAGAAGUAACUUCAAAAAACAUGUAGAGCUACAUGUGAAUCCACGGCAGUUCAAUUGUCCUGUAUGCGACUAUGCAGCUUCUAAGAAGUGUAAUCUGCAAUAUCAUUUCAAAUCUAAGCAUCCUACUUGUCCUAAUAAAACAAUGGAUGUCUCAAAAGUGAAACUAAAGAAAACCAAAAAGCGAGAGGCUGACUUGCCUGAUAACAACAUUACCAAUGAAAAAACAGAAAUAGAACAGACAAAAAUAAAGGGGGAUGUGGCUGGAAAGAAAAAUGAAAAGUCUGUAAAAGUGGAGAAAAAAGAUAAUGUUUCAAAAGAGAAAAAGUCUUGUAGUAAUGCUUCAAUCCAAGUGACUACCAGAACUCGCAAAUCAACAAUGGAAACUAAAGAAAUGGAUGUGCACACAGGAAAUAAUUCAGAAGCAACCUGUAAAACCAAGAAAGGCAAAAGGAAGAUGGAAGCUGAAGCCCAUCCCUUACAAGAUCCUGUUAACGAGGAGGAACCUGUGACAAAAAAGAAAAAGAAGGCAGAAAGCAAAUCCAAAAAUAAUCAGGAAGUGCCAAAAGGUGACAACAAAGUAGAGGAGAAUAAAAAGCAAAAUACCUGCACGAAAAAAAGUACAAAGAAGAAAACUCUGAAAAAUAAGUCAAGUAAAAAAAGCAGCAAGCCUGCUCAGAAGGAGGUUGCUCAGAAAGGGCCUGCUCAGACGGAGCCUUCUCCCAGGGGGCCUGCGCAGACGGAGCCUUCUCCCAGGGGGCCUGCACAGACAGAGCCUUCUCCCAGGGGGCCUGCUCAGACGGAGCCUUCUCCCAGGGGGCCUGUGCAGAUGGAGCCUUCUCCCAGGGGGCCUGCUCACCGGGGGCCUGCUCAGACGGAGCCUUCUCCCAGGGGGCCUGCACAGACAGAGCCUUCUCCCAGGGGGCCUGCUCAGACGGAGCCUUCUCCCAGGGGGCCUGCUCAGACGGAGCCUUCUCCAAGGGGGCCUGGGCAGACGGAGCCAUCUCCUGUCCCAGAGCCUGCUCAGAUGGAUAUGGGUCAGAGGGAGCCGCCUCCUGCCACAGAGCCUGCUCCGACAGAGUCCCCUCCUUCUGUGGGGCCUGCUCAGAUGGAGGUAGUUCAGACGGAGCCUCCUCCCACAGAGCCUCCUCUUCACAUGGAACCAAUUCCCAAAAGGUCUCCUCGAAAAGAUAAUAAAAAGGAAAAGUCCCACACGCAGAGUGAAAUGGCACAGAAGGAGCAAGUCCUUAUUGAAUUUGGCUUAGUGCCUGUUAAAGAUAGCCAGCUUCUAAAGGAAAGUGUGGGUGCGAGAGAUCUCUUACCACCAUCAACACCACUGCCAAAGGAAAACUUAACAGAAGAGGAGUCAAAAGACCAAAAAUUAUUCACCGAAGACGAAGGAAAUAAAGAAGCCCCUCUUCAAAAAGAAGUAAAAGAGGCAGAUAAAAGUCUAGCUGGUGUUGCUGCUAUUAUCAAUGAAUCUGCUAAUAUUUCAUCCUCUGAACAAAACUUGAAUAUGCCAGAGGGUGAAACUUUAGAUGGUAAGUGUCAGGCUGGCGCAAUGCUUUGUGAAAUGGAAAUGGACACUGAUGAGAACAAAACAGAGAAUCCCCCUGGCAAAGACUCAGCAGUUGAAGAACAAAUGUCACCACUGCUGCUUCCCCUAGCAAUAGAAAACCAUGAAGCAGUGUCCAAAACUACUGCGACAUCACCUCCUGUCACCACGGCAGUAAAUGAGUCUCAGGAAAUGGAUGAAGACGAAGGCAUCCAUAGUCAUGAUGGAAGUGAUCUAAGUGACAACAUGUCAGAGGGUAGUGAUGAUUCUGGAUUGAAUGGGGCCCGGCCAGUUCCACAAGAAACCAGCAGGAAAAAUGCUAAGGAGGCCUUGGCAGGCAAAGUGGCUGAGGGAGAUUUUGUUUGUAUCUUCUGUGAUCGUUCUUUUCGAAAGGAGAAAGAUUAUAGCAAGCACCUCAAUCGCCAUUUGGUUAAUGUAUACUUCCUUGAAAAAGCAGCUAAAGGGCAGGAGUAAUUAAACGUAGGAUAAGGCUUCAGUUCUUAGUUUAUAAGAUCUAUUACAUUUAAUAUUCAUUUAUAGUUAUAGACAACGUUUUAUUUUUUAAAUUGCUUUAAUUAGUGUCCAAUGUUGAUUUUUAAGUGGCACUCUUUUCCUUAGGACUCUGUACACCUAUUGAUGGGUAAAUUUUAGCAUAUCCAAGGAAGUUAGUGUACUAAACCAGCAGACUCCGAAAUCUGUUAGUUUAUACAUUUAAUUGAAAUGAGAAGGCCAAGGUGGUAUUGUAGCAUUCCGUUGCUUUGUCUGGCUGUAAUUUGUCACUUUUCUCGCCAUGUCUGUCUUCUUGUUUCACUUUAGUGUUUUCUUAGUUCCUGGUUUAGCGCUAUAAAAAUUGGCAUACGUAAAUAGCAAAUUACUUGAAAAAUUUGCCUGCUUUAUAUAAAGUUAGCACUUUAAAAUUUUUUUAGAGAUGAGAAGAGACAGUUAAAUUGAAGAAAAAUUCUCCCAACAGUGGACAUUGUAUCAGUCCAGGUUUCAGAGUUUGGCAAUGCAACAUGAAAGAUUAGGAAAAGCAUUGAUGAAGUGUGGGUGGAAAACUUGUUAAAAAUCUGAGAGUGAAGUUUGAGUUAAAAGACAUUUGAACUCGGAAUUGACUGGGAGGCCAAAGAUUUAAAGAAGAGAAGAUUCUCUCAAGACAUGAGGAGUAAGUUGUGUGUUAAUGGUGUGUGUUUUGUGUGCAUGAAUGGGAAUUUGUAAAUGAUGUUGAAUUCUAGGUGAAUUCAUGGCUCCGACAAUCAUUGUCAACAGAAGAUCAAGCUGCAAAUAUUUAUGUUUUAAAACUUAAAUUAUAAAGCUAGUUAAAUCUUUCUAACAACUAGUUUUAAUGUUCAUGGGUACAUUUUAUGUAAGUUACCUUUUACAUUAUAUAUGAAAAGACUCAUGUUAAGUACAGAUUGGAGAUUGGGAAUCAGUUUGGGGAAAGUUUUGUGGAUUCUUUCAUGCUACAAAAGAAAACAAUUAGACUUCUAGGGAAUUGGACAAAUUUUCUUACCUAGUUUUUAAGACUAGAAUGGUAAAAACAAAAAUAUGAAGGAAAUUAAAACCCCUUAUUAUUAAAUUGAUCUGUGAAAACAUUGUUACUGGAAAUUGAGUGGGACUUGAGGCCUUUCUUCCAGAAAACAAGGACUUGAUUGUCAGGCCUAUAUUAGGUUCUGAACUUUAAUGCCAUGUAUUUGUACUUGUUAAAAAUUGUUUCAAUGAAAAAUAUAUUAGUAAUAUGAACUUCUGGUCUAGUUGGGAGUUCUUCCAUUUGAAAAAUGUGAUAUUUGCAUGGAACUGUUUGAAUCUUUGUUUUCUCAGUUUCCCCUCCACUGGAUAGAAUUGAAACUAGAAUUUUCCCUUUUGUUAAAGGAAUAAAAAGUGAACAUGUUAUUUGUAAAUUGAUGUUUAGUAACUAGAGAUAAACUUGAAAUGCUAGAAUACAUUAUAAGCCUAAUCCUAGGUAGUCUUAUGAAAAUGUAUCUCUUUUAUCUAUCUUUUGAACCUAUAUUCACAUUGGUCUUCAAGAUAUCUUAAGUUAUAUUUUUUCCUCUUUUCAGAGCUGCUUCUUUGGGGCUACUUUUUUAAAUUGAGGUGUAAUUCAUAAGGGGCUACAUUUCUGAUAAGGUUUCUUAUAACUAUGGUUGGAUGUUUUGCUCUAGUCUUCCAAGAAGGGCCAUUUUAUUUUUUAGAGUCACUUCUAAGGUCAUGUGGUCUUUAACUUUGGGGACUAUUUUGCAUAUAAGUGCUAAUGCAGGUAAAUUUAAACCCAAGUAGACCUCAUCACAUGUCACCCCAUGAAUGUUGACAAUGGAAGGAAUACCUUGCCUGUAGUAUAAUAUCAGUUCUGGACUGAAAAGCUGGGGAAGAAACUUAAUUUUCUUUUUUGCAUAAAUCAGAAAAACAGCUAGUGUGCAGUUUCCUUGUUGACCUCAGCAGAUGAACUGAGCUGAUAGUGUUAAUUCAGAUUGAAGAAAUUAUCUGAAUCUUGGUUUGUGUAGACUUACAAUCUACAUGCAAUAUUAACUAAAUCAGAUAGCUUUUACAUUUUCACGUGUGUGCAUAGGCUCUCCCCACCCUUUUCAACAUCCACUAGUUAAUUGAUCGUUUUAAACUGGCAUUGAAACAUUACAACAAUGUUUUGUUGCACCAAUUUUAUAAACUUUUACAGUGCAAUACGUGUUAUUUUUCCGAGACAAACCAAAGGUUAAUUUCUCAAGGUUCUUGCUGCCUGCUUUAGCAGCAUUUGAUGGGAGGAUCUUUUAUAUACAUUUAUGAUAGAUGAAAAAUAAACCAGAUUGCAAAUCUUUUUUUUUUUUUUUUUAAAUGCUUAAACCAUGUACCAAGUUUUUGGUCCAAAUUGUGUAGGAUAAGUUAAACUUAAAUUGCAUUCUAUUAACCAAUAUGAGUGUAUUUCUGUAAGCAUAGUUAUGUUGAAAUAAAGUUUUAAAAAGCA